AUGGACAGUAAGCACGAGCGUCGCGAGGCUCGCACGCGAGGUGCAGGGAUUAAGUACGCUGUCGAUGACUUCAGUAUACGAUCUCCAGAGAAGUCACCUCUGGGUUCCCCAGAAACACAUCGCAACAAGCUCAAACGAGAUUCUCCAGACAAUUUCAACAUUUAUACACAGCCUUCACCGCCCGACUCGAAACGAGCAAAACUCUUGGACUCUCUAGAUCUGGCGCUCACAAAACCUGAAGACACUGAUCUACCUAAGCUUAGAAGACGCUCACAAUCGCAUACGCUGAAGACAGCUGCUCGCAAACAAUAUCAAGAAGCCCGUGAGUUGCGCAAGACAGCAUUCAGCUCUGACGAUGACGACGACGAAAAGGAUUUCACGCCAACUCCAAUGAUGGACUAUAAUGAAGCUUCGCAGACACCAGAUUACGAAGAGGAGUCAGAGACAAUAGUGAAAAAGGAGCCAGUGAGCCCGAAGCAACCAACAGAGCCUGUAAAAAGAAAACGGGGCAGGCCCCGUAAGGGCGAGCAGGAGAAGAAGCUGUUGACGGUGACGAGACGGUCAAAAAGAAUUGUAGAGAACCCAGAUCUACAGAAACACCAUACCCCUGAGCCGGUGAUCCUGCUUGUUCCCAAACCACUACGUACAUUGGAAUUGGGCCUUCAAGCUUAUCAAACGAACGUAAAACCUGAGCCUACGGCUACCCUGAUCACUAAGCUGGCUCUGGGCCGCCAAAAACCUUUGGUUGUGGACGCUGAACGCCUACAUACCUCCAGCACAAGAGACAAACGAUUCACCUUAACCACUCUUGAUGUUCUACGCCAGUUGGUGAAUGAAAAUAACCCAAAGGCCAUGAAAAACGAGAUAAUUAAUGAGUCUGAUGUGUUGCAAGAUUUUAAAGCUCACCUCAUCUACAACAUCAACCACUUGAUGGACUUGCAUGCUUCUGUGAAAGACAUUAGCCACGACGUGGCCGAUGUGCAACGGCGGAAGACAGAAAUGAGAACGAAGAUACUUGAGCUCAAGAAGCAACAUGCUGAUGUGGGAGAGAAGCUCAACAGACUACGAAACGAACAUAACUUGCAUAAGGAGAAACAGGCGCACUUCGACAGCACGGUGGAUGCUCUUGAUGCGUUGAAAAAGGCCACAGCUGACCCUCAAGCGUUUGAAGAGACCACCAGCAUCAGUGAUUCCGUGCUACUUAGACUAGCAGAUGUGGCUAGGGUGUAUGACCCCAAGCUGGGACUUCAGGAACAAUUACACAUCAUAAACAGAGAGCUCGCCAAGGCCCUUGAGAGCACUACGUCAUCAUAG